AUGAGCGGAGAAGUGGCAGCUCAAAAGCUGCUGAAUCGCACGAGGUAUGCCCAGAACAGGACAAAGUACUACACUGUCCGUAAUUUGGUGUUAUCGCAGAAUGAAAGGCCCCUGUUUAUCACCGGGAGCUUUGAAGAAGCCUCCAAGGACCGCAAACUGCUGGCCAUCAGAAAAGCCUUUGUGAAUAGGCACAGCUACAGACGUGGACCCUUUGGCGAUCUGAGCGUACCGCACGCCUAUUUUGAAAUCUAUGGCGACCCCUCGUACUUUUCACUCAAGGAACUCGUCGAUGCAUGCACCGAUGCCGCAAAAAGGGAUAUGAGAGAUGUCUCUUUCUGGAAACAAAUUGGUAAGUUAAUGCGUAGUAUGUCUUGA